AUGGGUGCGUGCGUGCUCGAUAGCGCGCAGACGAUUGUCGAGGUUGACGAGUUGACGGUGCAUCUCUCUGAAGUUCUUGCGGAGAUCGGCAGCGAGGUUCUCGAUCAGCUGCUGCAUGGUGGUGGUGGUGGAGUCCAUGGAUCGACUGGUCUCCGGAUACCAGUGUUCUUUUGCUUUUCAUCCUCUACUGCACAGCACAGAUCCAAGGAGGGGUUUUCCCCAGCAGAUGAAACCAUGCGUGCAGCGUCAAAUAAGGAUUCUCAGUUAAAGACCAUGACUGCUUCAGCUAGUCCAAACCAGAUGGCAGAUGAAAAUAACCGUUCAGCCGUGAGCGGGCAUUGUGGCACUAGCCCAUCAUCUCAUCAAGAAUAUUGCAGAUCAGAAGACUUGAAUAGAUAUGUAUGCUCUGAUGAGGGCAAGGAGGUUGGGCACCUAAAGAAGAGCCAGUCUCUUGGAAACAUGCUUCAAAAGGAUCAUGAUCAUAAUUCUAGCGAAGGCUCUGAGUUUGAUGUUACAAACCAUGAACACAAAGGCGACCCCUCUAGUUUCAAGAGAGGUGAAGUUGUUGGAGAAUCUACUAAGACGUGCAGCCCAAAAAAUGAGGACGAUUUUGAUGCCUCAUCUGACCUAAUCAGCCAUGACUUUUGUGAACCUUUGGGUGAUCACACUGUUGAUUCUGAUAGCCAUCAUCGCAUGUCUUAUUCCCAAAGCAAAUUCCCAAGGUCACAAUCUGCAAUAUUUCAGAAUGAUUCCACCAGUGAUCCAGAAGGUUCUGUCGAUUCUGAGAUACUAGGGUCUCGUUGCAGAUCUGUUGAUGGUUUAUGUUCACUGAUUGAUGAGAAGUUUGACAACCUGAGCGGUGGUGAAAUGCAUCGCAGUAGAUCGAAUUUUGAUGUUUAUUGUGCACCUUCUUCUCCAAAUGUGUACCGGGCAUCCAACAUCGAUGACCGUGGUUCAGUAGGUUGCUCUGAUGCUGCUGCAGAGGGUCAACGGUCCACUGGAAGCACAGAAGAAAAUUUUGUCAGGGAUGGGAUCCUAGUAGGUCAUGAAUACUGGGAUGGCAAAUACAUUUGUGGUGAUCACUCACUGGAUCCAGUUGCCCCUUUCUGUGCAGAUCCAGGGGAUGUUUGUCACCAUUCUGGGAAUGACGGUGACCUCAGUGAAGCUACAGAUCAAGAGAGAGAGAAGCUGUGGAACAGAGAUAGCACACUCCACCAGUCCCUUGUAGUUGAAGUGCCUGAGUCGGUGAACAUUUCUGAUACAAAUGACAUUAGUGGGGAACCUGAACACAGUAAAACUGAUAUUGAUGAGGACCCAAGUGAACUUACGCCAAGAACCUACAAUAUUAAAAGAAUCGAGGAUUGGAUCAACCAAAUUGAUAUCAAUGAUAUCGCUUUGGAUGAACAAGGAGAAAGUUCAAAUUCUGCUUUGGCCAAAUCUAGUGAGCCAAUGGCUGGUGUUCCUGCUGUGCGGCCUGAUGCUAAAAGCCUGCUUGGCAUGGAGAUAGCUUACACUUAUAUUUCAAAGUUGACUCCUGCUUCAUCAUCGGCACAGUUGGCAAACCAUGGUUUGGUUGCGAUUCCAAGACUGAGCGCAUUCUCAGGUUUGCGCGUAUUGAACUUAUCAGGGAACUCAAUUGUGCGAGUAACCGCAGGAGCUCUUCCAAAAGGCCUUCACAUGUUAAGCCUGUCGAAGAAUAACAUAUCAACAAUCGAAGGCCUCAGAGAAUUGACACGAUUGCGCUUGUUGGAUAUCAGCUAUAAUAGGAUAUCUAGAAUUGGUCAUGGACUGGCCUCCUGUUCCUCAUUGAAGGAGUUAUAUCUGGCUGGUAACAAGAUCAGUGAGGUAGAUGGUCUUCACCGGCUUCUGAAACUUAAGGUUCUGGACUUGCGCCACAACAAGAUUUCUACAUCAAGGGGCCUUGGGCAGCUAGCUGCGAAUUACAACUCUCUAGAAGCCAUUAACCUUGAUGGCAACCCUGCACAGAAGAAUGUAGGUGAUGAGCACCUGAAGAAGUACCUGCUUGGUCUCCUGCCAAACCUCGUUGUGUACAACAAGCAGCCUAUUAGGGCGACUGGUUCAAAAGAUGUCUCAGACCGCCAUACCCGCAAGAUCUCUUCUUCGCACCGUUCUGACCGUGGUGGUAGAUCGGACCGCAAAUCUUCCAGAUUGGUGGGUGCCUCAUCUUCUCACAAGCCACAGAGCUCACGACAUGCACGCUCUGGAUAUGCCUCAAGCUCAGUGCAGAAGUACACAAGAGCUCGCAGCACGCCCAUGACUUUGCUGGGAUCAAGACCCGCUGAACAUGUGAGUGCCAUAGAUGUGUCGAAGCAUACUCAGACAGAGGGAAAGGCGCAGUAA